GCAGUACGCAAGCGCCAAGUUACCGGCUUUGCUGUGCAGCCUUUUUUGUAUUGCUGUAGGAGACUUCAGUGAAAGGACCCACCUUGUAGAAUAAUCGAAGUCGUGAUUUAACGACACAUUUAAACACACGAUGGGUUUGACAAUUUCGUCACUUUUUGGAAGGCUUUUUGGAAAGAAACAAAUGAGAAUACUUAUGGUGGGUUUGGACGCAGCAGGUAAAACCACAAUACUGUACAAACUGAAACUUGGAGAAAUUGUGACAACCAUUCCUACCAUAGGUUUUAAUGUGGAAACCGUUGAAUAUAAAAACAUUUGUUUCACUGUUUGGGAUGUUGGUGGCCAGGACAAAAUUCGUCCACUCUGGAGACACUACUUUCAGAAUACUCAGGGUUUGAUCUUUGUGGUGGACAGCAAUGACAGAGAGAGAGUAGCUGAGUCUGCUGAAGAGCUCUCUAAAAUGUUACAGGAAGAUGAGCUGAGAGAUGCUGUGCUGCUUGUGUUCGCAAACAAACAGGAUCUACCUAAUGCCAUGGCAGUUAGUGAGCUCACAGACAAACUGGGCCUGCAGAGUCUACGCAGCAGAACGUGGUAUGUUCAAGCAACCUGCGCUACACAAGGCACUGGGCUCUAUGAAGGACUUGACUGGUUGUCCAAUGAGUUGUCUAAACGCUAGUGCCUGUGGCCUUGUGAGAGUGUGUGAAUUUUAGAAAGAAAGAAAAACAAUCUAUAGACUCUGUUCUAAAGAGUGUGUGUGUGUGUGUG